AUGAAAAACGAAACUUCAUUCACUUGUUUAAAUGUAUAUAAAGUUAUCAUGCAAAGAAAAGAAGAGCUUUAAAAAGAUUCUUCCUUAUUUAAAAGAAAUUUAUUAGACCUCUACUUGAAAGAAAUCCCUUUGAAUGAAAACAAAGAAAUUACCAUAGAUGAAAUUAUAACUAAUUUCUGUGCUCUCUUCUUUGCAGGAACUGAUAAAAUAGGAAAUAUGACAGGUGUAUCACUUUACUGUCUUUCCUAAAAUCCAGAAAUUUAAGAAGAGGCAAGAGAUGAAAUGCCAUUGGUUCAUUCUAUUUUGAAAGAAUCCUUAAGACUUAUUCCUCCUGCAGCAGCAGUUUUAGGAAGAUAUGCAAACAAAGAUAUAGAGAUAGGUGAAUUUUAUGUUAAAAAAGGAUAUUUAUUCAAUACAAAGUUAUCUAAAGCCAAAGAAAUCCAGACUUAUACCAAAAUCCUGAAAAAUUUGACCUAUAUAGAUGGAUGA